UGAUGGGUGAUUAUUAAGGUGAAUAUCUCUAACAAUAUCUUUGCAAUAUCAAUUUAAGAAAAAAGGUAAGGAUUAAUAAAUAAGAAUUUAUUUAGAUAAAAGAACUACUUAAAGAGAAAACAGAAAUACUUUAAAAGCUUGAACAAUUAGAAGUAGAAAUAUCACAUUCAAUAAUUAGAAAGAUGGAAAUAAUUAGUCAUUUGAAGAAAGGAAAAAAAGAUUGAGAAGUCUUGCCAGCGAAAUUUAAAGAAAUUUUGAAUGCCCAUUAUCAAGAUGUGGUAAGAAAUAUGGGUAAUAAUGAUAUUAUGUUUAGAAGUGAAGGCUCAUUAAAUUAACAUAUUAAACUUAAACAUCCUGAAUUGGUUAAUAAAGCUUGA